UCUGAUUGGCUGUGCGCGCAUGGACUAUAAGAGGAGGCGCAGGGCGCGGUGCCCAUUCCAGAGUCCGGCGCUGCUGUGGAGGCGAUGGCUCGUUUCGUGGCCUUGGUCCUGUUCGGGCUGCUCUCUCUGUCCUGCCUGGAAGCCAUAGAGCGUGCUCCAAAAGUUCAGGUUUACUCACGGCACCCAGCUGAGAAUGGAAAGCCAAAUUUCCUGAACUGCUAUGUGUCCAGCUUCCAUCCACCGGAAAUUCAAAUUGAUUUGUUGAAGAAUGGGAAGGAAAUGAAAGUGGAACGCUCAGACUUGUCUUUCAGCAAGGACUGGUCCUUCUAUCUUCUGGUCCACACUGAAUUUACUCCCAAGGAAGGAGAUAAGUAUAGCUGCCGUGUGAAUCACCGUACUCUCUCUGAACCCAAGAUAGUUCAGUGGGAUCAAGACAACUAAUUAGCAGUGGAGGUUUGAAGAUUCCUCAUGUGGACUGGACUAAUUCCAAAUUAUGUUUUUUUAUUUUUAAUAGUUACCUGCAUUUUAUGUACACAAAUACGUGUUAUGAUGUUAACAUAUAUACUGUCUUUAUAAUUCUCCUUUGGGCACUAGGUCUUCAUAUUUGACCUACCUGGGCAGGCAAUCUAAACUCUUCAGUCUCUUCUGCGUAGAAAACUAGAUAUUAAAAUAGUUAUGCAUGUUUUGAGUUAACUUCCAAUUUGCAUACAUUGCUUAUAAUUUUGGGGAAAGGUUUUGAAAGAUAAUUAUCAGAAUUAUUGGAAACUUGUUAGAGUCGAUGAAACAUUUUGUCAUACAAAAUUCACAUUUACCUCUUAGAUCUGUUAGAGACAUGGUGUUCUCUCUUGAUUUUACAUUUGUUUGAAUAAUUAAAUAAAUACUGAAAAUUGA